AUGGGUCCAGAUGGUUCUUUCAGUGUUUAAGGUUGCAGAGCCCUGCUGUAGGAGAACCGCCAGAGACGAGAUCACGACCUGGGCUGGAAGACAAUCCCGCGGUGGAGAAAGAUGAUGGUUGGGAAGAACCAAGACUUCUUGACUUGCAUCCUCCCCUCAAUCCAGACCUAUGAAGAGGGCUGAAGGCACAUUUCCAUCGACGUAGGUUUCCAGUUGCAUCCUGAAACUCCAAUCAAUGGAUGCCGCUCAUCAGCGCCGGCUGCCUUCGGCCGACACAGUCCAGGAGCUCUCUUCCCUCCGCUGAAGGUGCCGCCAACGGGGCCACUCCGGUAGGAAAUUCUCCAUCGUGAUGGGUAAAGCUCUUAGCUUUAUCUUCUGCGCUUCGUUCCUUUUGCUUGGACAACCUAAAUGGACAGGUGCCACUGAAGGGGAUUUCAGCCACAAGGACAGCGUCUCUCUCGGGGCAGGGGGCAAAGAUGCACCGAUGAUCUAUGUGACAACAAUUCUGGAAGACCCCUACGUGAUGGUCAAGGGUCCCGAGUUAGAAGGCUACUGCAUCGACCUGCUGGAGAAGCUGUCGGAAAUGCUUCAUUUCAAGUACAAAGUCAGCAUUGUGAAGGACGGGAAGUAUGGGACUCUCGGUCCCAACGGGAGCUGGACGGGGAUGAUCGGAGAAGUGGUGAGGAAGGAAGCUGACCUGGCCGUGGCCUCCUUGACCAUCACGUCGGUCAGAGAAGACGUGGUGGACUUCACCCAGCCGUUCCUGCACACCGGCAUUGGCAUCCUGCUUCAGAAGGAAGCAGCCCUGGAGGAAACCUCCCUCUUCCACUUCCUGACCCCCUUCACCAAGGAGACCUGGGCCGGCAUCUUCCUGGCUUACCUGCUCUCCAGUUUGUGUCUGUUCCUGGCUGGAAGAAUGAGCCCUUCGGAAUGGAAUGGAAACCAAGAGAAUAACUUCACCUUCCUGAACAGCCUCUGGUUUGGUGCCGGAGCGCUCACCCUGCAAGGCACCAUUCCUCAGCCCAGGUCGCUUUCCGUACGGGUCAUCUCUGCCAUCUGGUGGCUGUUUGGCAUCGUGGUGCUGGCGGCCUACAUCGCCAGCUUCAGCUUCGCUUUGGAGUCGGCCACGGACCACAUCUCCAUCCAGGACUUCGAGGACCUGGUGAAGCAAAGGAAGCUGGAGUUUGGGACCAUGGGAGGCUCCUCCACGCUCCAAUAUUUCAAGAAUUCCAAAAGUCCCGUCCAGCAACUGGUCUACGAAUCCAUGAUGAAGAAGGACUCCGUUCUGACCGCGAACUACCAGGAAGCCAUUCAGCGAGUGCUGGAUUCCAAUUACGCCUUCAUCGGAGAAUCCAUUUCGCAAGAUCUGGCCGUGGCCCGGCACUGCAACUUAAUGCGGUCCCCGGAGGUUCUGGGCCCCCGAGGUUUUGGCAUCGCGACCCCAAAAGGAUCCCCCUGGACCAACAAACUCUCCGUGGCCAUCCUGAAACUUGGUGAAUCCGGAGAGCUGGACUAUCUCCGCAGCAAAUGGUGGGAGAGCAGCUGUUCUCAUGAAGACCACGACAAAUGGAGUCCCCUGAAGCCCCAAACUCUGGGGGGGAUUUUCCUCCUGCUGGCACUGGGUCUCAUCCUGGGAAUGCUGGUGGCCAUGAUCGAACUGUCCAAGCAAAGCCGUCACACGGCCGAACAGGAGAAGAAAUCUUGCUGCUCCGUGUUCACCAAGGAGCUGAGCCAGCGGUUCCACACACGAGAAAACAAGAGGCAGGAAAACGCAGAAAAAUCCAAGGCGUGAAGAAAGAGGGCAGGAAUCCGCGGCCAAAUUUUCAAUGAACUGUUUUUUUCUUCUCCCCUGUAUCCUUCCUUUCCCCCCCUUUCCUCCUAUGCAUUGUGUAAAAGCACACUUAGGGUAUCCCCCACCCCACCGUAAUAAUGUUUUUAUAACACUUAGCAGAGUUUUUUUGGGGGGGCCAAAGUAGAGCACAUCUGGACAAAAAAAACACCUAGCAUAGUUUCUGGAUGCUAGAGCCCUUUCUCUCGUUAGACAACUGGAUUGUCAGCUAACCCCGGUUUGGGCGUCUUUUUAACAUUAUCUAACAUUCCCAUCUCAGUAGCGUUGUGGACUGACUGGUUUUGGCGGGCCUGGCAAGGCUCCCUGCCCCACGUAGAGAGAAGGCAGAGCGGGUCUCCGUACGUAGGAAUCGAGAGAAGGAGGGGGGGGCGCCCAGCGAGAGUCAAAACGGAGCUUUGUGAUCCUGCAAGGGACAAGUUUCUAGUCCUCACGAGCCUCCGAAAAA